AUGGCCUCCAAAGUCCCUGAAGAUGAUCCCGCAACAUCCAAGUCCAACGAGGACUACAAUGAUGAGGCACAGGUCGCGUUGGGCCAGCCCAGGAAUUUGCCCAGCUUGAAGCGCAAGCUAAAGAGUCGACACCUUCAAAUGAUUGCAAUUGGCGGUACAAUUGGAACUGGUUUAUUCAUCUCCAGCGGAACGGCACUAGCGCAUGCUGGCCCUAUUGGCGCUCUAAUCGCGUACAUUUUCAUCGGCACCAUUGUCUUUUCGGUUAUGACGUCUCUUGGCGAAGUGGCUACCUACAUUCCAAUCCCCGGAGCAUUCACCUCAUAUGCUACUCGGCUGAUUGAUCCUAGCCUUGGCUUUGCGAUGGGAUGGAUCUACUGGUUCUCUUGGGCUAUCACAUUUGCUCUUGAACUAACUGCCACUGGUCUUAUCAUUCAGUAUUGGGAUCCAUCGAUUAAUAUCGCUAUUUUCAUUGCCGUAUUUUGGGUUAUCAUGACCCUUCUCAACCUACUGCCCGUCAACUUCUAUGGCGAGCUCGAGUUCUGGUUCUCUAGCAUCAAAGUUGUUACAAUUAUUGGAUUCAUCAUUUUUGCUAUCUGCAUUGAUGCCGGUGCGGGACAACAAGGCUACCUUGGAUUCCACAAUUGGGUUCAUCCCGGGCCUUUUGUUGAUUAUCUCGUGACGCCAGGACCAACUGCUAAGUUUGUGGGCUUCUGGGCUGUCCUUAUUCAAGCUGGUUUCUCCUGCCAGGGCACCGAACUGGUUGGUCUCGCUGCUGGUGAAAGUGAAAACCCACGUCAAAAUGUGCCAAAGGCGAUUCGAGCAACCUUCUUCCGAAUCCUUCUCUUUUACGUGUUCUCUGUGUUUUUUAUCGGCCUCUUGGUGCCGUCUGAUAACCCUGAUCUCCUUUCCGGCGCAUCCAAUGCAUCGGGAUCACCAUUUGUGAUAGCCGCAGGACUGGCCGGUGUCAAAGUUCUGCCUAGCAUCAUCAAUGCCGUCCUUUUGACAGUUGUGCUAUCAGCUGCAAAUGCAAACAUUUAUAGUGGCAGUCGCAUGCUGAUCGGUUUAUCACAAGACGGCUUUGCUCCUGCUUUCCUGGCCAAGACGACGAAGGGUGGAGUUCCUUACUACGGGGUUCUACUGACUGCGGCUUUCGGUCUUCUCGGAUUUAUGAACCUUUCCACAUCUGGUAGUACGGUUUUCAACUGGCUCCUGAACAUCUCUGCUGUCGCAGGAUUCAUUUUGUGGGCGUCACUUAAUGCCUGCCACAUUGCAUUCAUGCGAGCUCUUAAGGCCCGUAGAAUCUCGCGGGAUCUCCUUCCAUACAAAGCCCCAUUCCAACCCUUCCUGUCUUACUAUGGAUUGUUUUUCAACAUUCUCAUCAUGCUGACGCAAGGAUUUACUGCAUGGAUUCCUUCGUUCAGUGUCGAGAGCUUCUUUGUCGCAUACGUUAGCCUGAUUCUCUUCGCUGUGUUGUACAUUGGUCAUAAGUUGGUGUAUCGGGAUCCUCUGGUUUCUCCUCUGCAGGCUGACCUCGACACUGGUCGACUUGAGGUUGAGAAUGAACAUUGGGAGGUCACAGUCCCUACAACAUGGUAUGGCAAACUUUGGCAUCUAAUCAAUGGCUAG